CCUCUCUUUCCAUGCAAGAUCUUUGAAGGCUUUCGAAGCCGAUGUAUGCAGGGCCCUGGUGAAAACUCGAGUCCGCCCUUGUAUCUGCUGCCCAAGUUUCAUGGUAGAUUUUGGAGGGAGGAGUACAGUGCACGAAGCUUUUUCGAGAAAGCAAGAGGAAAGAAGCUCUCGAUUGGUUGGUGGAGACUGUUUGAAGGCUUUCUCUUGCACUUAUCUACGACGCUAACAUGGCAGCAAACACACCACCCAAGAGUAUUUUCUCUCUCUCUAGAUCGCCGCUCUGCUCUUCGUCUUGAACCAGCUCGUCGUGUUGCAGCGCCCUUGAUGUUCCAAGGUUUUGAACCCCUGAUGCCUCUAAAUUUAGGAUGUCAAAUCCUCCAUAAUUCUUUUAACAACUGAGAUACCGCCAUAUUAUUAUUAUUAUUUUCUUCUUGCUGACAGAGUCUACAGCAAAAAGAUAAAGGGUGUUUGUUAAGAAUAAACACAAUAAAAUAAUUAAAUGAAAUCUCGAUAAUUUAUGGUAAA